AUGCCUUCAAGCAUCAAUGAUUUUGAAUUUUUGAAACGAAUCGGAUCGGGUUCUUUUGGAGAAUGUUGGCUGGUGAGAAGGAAAGCAGAUAAAAAGAAUUAUGUAAUUAAACAAAUUAAUGUGUUGGGAAUGACUCCGAAAGAGCAACAGGAUGCCCUAAAUGAAGUCAAUGUUUUAUGCAAAAUGAAUCAUGAAAAUAUUAUUGAAUAUUUUGAUUCGUUUCUAAGCUUUGAUGAUCGAAAAUUAAAUAUUGUCAUGGAAUAUGCUUCUCAUGGAAAUUUGUAUGAAUUGAUUCAAAAACAAAAAGGAAAAUUAUUAUCAGAGCCCGAAAUUUGGAAAUAUUUCAUUCAAAUCUUGUCAGCACUCAAUCACAUUCAUAGCAUGAAAGUUCUUCAUCGAGACAUUAAAUCUAUGAACAUUUUUCUCGACUCUCAAAACAAUGCAAAAAUUGGAGAUUUUGGAGUUUCCAAAGUUCUCGAUUACACAAAACAAAUGGCUCAAACCGUUAUUGGUACGCCCUUCUAUUUGAGUCCAGAAAUGUGUGAAAAUUUGCCAUAUGACGAAAAAUCAGAUGUAUGGGCAUUGGGAUGUGUUCUGUAUGAAAUGGCAACGUUGAAACAUCCAUUCGAUGCCAAAAAUCAAGGAGCUCUAGUUUUGAAAAUUAUCACAGGUCAAUAUCCACCACUCAGUUCCAUCUACUCGUCAGACUUGUCCUCAAUGAUUAAGAGUUGUUUGAUGAAGAAACCAAAACAGAGGCCCACCACAUAUCAAUUACUAUGUCAUCCCGUUCUUGUGAAAAAGGCAAAAGAAUUAGGGCUCAAUCUUUCUCCCUUAUUAACACCUUCUACUCCUCCCAUUGUACCUUCAAAUUCCAGUAACAACUCGCCCACCGUUGUAGCUUCUUCCUCAUCCAACAGUAAUGAGAGUCGAUCCUCAACUCCAACAAGUCAAAAAGUCAUUAUUAAUAGUGACGCACCAGAAAAAAAAGUAGUCAUGAUCCGUCCCAGCAAUAAUCGACCAGCAAGUAACAACAAUGCAGGAUCCACUACUGCAAAUCGUCCCAACAGUGCCGCAUCCGUAAAGAAUGUAGUCACACCUCCAUCCACUCAUGCUGUAAAGCGAGUUGGAUUGAAGGUUGACACAAAAUCACAUUCUCCUCCUCCAGAUCGAGAGAAUGCUGAUCUUGUGCGAAAUUUACCUAAAAUUCCACUCAAACCUUCUGCAUCAAAUCAAGCAUCUUCUCCUAUUGACAACAGGGCAGAUAGCUCCACCUCUGAAAAUGUAACACCCAAAUCAUUAUUGGAAGAACAACAAGAAACAUGUACCAAUCAAAAUCUGCAAGAGGAUCAUCAUUCAAACUUGACCAUCAAGCACGAAAAAUCAAAAGAGAGGCACAUUAAUCGCAUACUUGACAAAAUUACACAAAAGGAAAAUGAAAUGAAUGAAAUCAAGACACUCUGUAAGGAGAAAGUAUCUGAGACAAUACUCAAUCAACUCAUUACUUUCUUCAAAGACAGUGUCACAAAUAAUGAAGAGUUAUCAGAAGAGGAUAUUAACUUGUUUGUCUUUGGAAAGAUUUCAUUCCAACAAGUGGAUAUUAUUCAACAUGUUUACAAGAUUAUUUAUAUACAGAGUGCUAUUGAUGACUUACAACAUGAAAUUGAGGAGUGUCUUUGCAAACAGUUGAAUAACGCUUGA